AUGACAGACGGUGUGGCCAUGUUGACACGUGCCAAAGAAAAUUUAAUGUUCACCAUGAGCGCACUCUCGGAAGAACAACGAAUUACGCUCUCUCAAUCUAAACGAGAAUUCAUCGAAAUGUGUUCAUUCGAUGGAAAAGAAUGCAAUAUAGAUGCUGAUUUCAAACUGCACGUUGAUCCGGAAUUCGGGAAUUGUUAUACAUUUAAUUGGAAUGUAAAUGAUAAUCGUUCAAGUAGUAAAGCUGGCCCAAUGUACG